AUGCUCAAUGAGUUUAAGAAGAACCCUGUGGUGUCAUCUAAAGGCUUACAGAAAUCUCUGGAACAUGCUAACAUCAGCUACGCUGAACUAGCAGUAAUAUAUGGUUUGUACAAGCAGGCGACACUUGGCAACAUCAACACGGAGCGUCCUGGACUAUUUGACUUCCAAGGAAAAUCUAAAUGGGAUGGUUGGAAAGCACAGGAAGGAAAGUCCAAAGAAGAUACCAUAAAAGAAUAUAUUGCCUUUGUGGAAGAAAUGAAAGCAAAGUAUCCAAUGUAGAGGUUCUUUAGGACAUUCGUGCACUUCU